UCUUGUGAUUAGUACUGAGAACAUUACUCAGAAUUGGUAUUUUGGUAACAAGAAAGCAAUGUUGAUCCCUAAUUGCUUGUUUAGAGUUGGUGGCUCAGCGGUUCUGCUUUCGAACAAGCCUUUGGAUCGAAAACGGUCCAAGUAUAAGCUUGUUCAUACGGUAAGGACUCAUAAAGGAUCUGAUGAGAAAGCAUUCAGUUGUGUGUACCAAGAACAAGACGAGUGUUUGAAAACCGGAGUUUCUUUGUCGAAAGAUCUUAUGGCUAUAGCCGGAGAAGCUUUAAAGACGAACAUCACCACAUUGGGUCCUCUGGUUCUUCCUAUAAGCGAGCAGAUCCUCUUCUUUGCGACUUUUGUUGCUAAGAGAUUGUUCAAUGCCAAGAAGCACAAGCCUUACAUACCAGAUUUCAAGCUUGCAUUUGAUCAUUUCUGUAUUCACGCGGGAGGUAGAGCCGUGAUCGAUGAACUAGAGAAGAGUUUAAAGCUUUCGCCAAGACAUGUCGAGGCGUCUAGAAUGACACUGCACAGAUUUGGAAACACUUCCUCGAGCUCUAUAUGGUAUGAAUUGGCUUACACGGAAGCCAAAGGAAGAAUGAGGAAAGGGAACAGAGUUUGGCAGAUUGCUUUUGGAAGCGGGUUUAAGUGUAACAGCGCGGUUUGGGUGGCUCUCCGCGAUGUCAAGCCCUCGGUUAACAAUCCUUGGGAACAUUGCAUCCAUAGAUAUCCAGUUAAGAUCGAUCUUUUGAACUCGUAAGAACCGGUCCGAAAACAUGGUUAGUCCCCCUCCAUGUACCAAAAAAAAAAAGUUUAACUCUUAUAUUUUUAGUUCUUUACCAAUGGGUCAAGAAAUUCUG